GGCAACACAACUGGGAGAGUGCCUCUCAUUGUGCACUGCUUUUAACUCAAAGCUGGGGGGUGAUUCAAACAACUUAGAUGGCUCUACAUAAAUUGUCACAAUGUGCACUGGACGAUGGGAACGUGUGAUCUGGAGAUUUUAAGUUGUGUAAGAUAUAGAUAGUGUUUAUUGAUUUUAUGACUGUCUAAUUUUAUGUAGCUGUCGUAAAUUUUAGUGGACACCUCUGUGGGUAUAAAUGCCAUGGAGGGUGCCAUGACCGCUUCCACACACAUCAGCCACCAACACACACCUGCACAGAGCUCCCGCCUGACUCCAGCAGGAUGACCGCCAAAGAUGAGGAGGAGCCCAGGAUCUCCUCGUUGCCGCCCGCCGCUCGGCUGUCCUCGGUGGCGGGCCACCGCAUGUUCCGCCCCUCCACCUGGUCGAGCGUGACGGGCGGGCUGGCCUCGCUGGACCCGGCCUGCAACUGGAGCACCCUGGUGUCGGGCCUGGUGGCGCUCAACAUCCUGCUGCUGGGCUGCGCCAUGGUCAGCGCCAGCGUCUUCAACAUGGUGAGCAUCAGCUCCACGCACCUGCAGAUCUACCUCAUCGCCAUCAUGAUCCUCAGCUCCUGCUGGAUGCUCUACUACUGCGUCUACACCGCCCACGAACACCGCGCCGUGCUCUACAAGGACGGCCACGCUGGCCCCAUCUGGCUCAGGGGGGGACUAAUUCUUUUUGGCUUAUGUAGUAUGGUCAUGGACUUCUUUAAGAUUGCCUAUUAUGUGGGCUACCUUCAUUGCGACUCUCCUGUUAAGAUUGUCUUCCCAGUUGUUCAGGCUGUGUUCAUUGUGGUACAGUCAUACUUCCUUUGGCACCAUGCAAAGGACUGUGUUCAGGUUCAGAGAAACAUAACACGUGGUGGUCUGAUGCUGACUUUGUCCACAAAUCUGAUGUUGUGGAUGACGGCGGUGACUGAAGAGUCUCUGCAUCAGACAGUGCUUCCUCCAUCAAAUGGCAGCAGAGGCUCUCACAACACAGCAAUGCGAGUGGGCGCGAUGGGCGACUGCGAGUGCAGCCACUCGGCGUGCGGCAUCUUCGAGCAGGCCUCCAACUACCUGUACCCGUUCAACAUCGAGUACAGCCUGUUCGCCUCGGCCAUGACCUACGUGAUGUGGAAGAACGUGGGCCGCCUGGCGGACGAGCACCACCACCACCGGCUGCGCUUCCACCUGCGCGACGUGCUCCUGGGCCCUGUCAGCGGGCUCCUGGUGCUGGUGGCCGGCCUGGUCACCUUCAUCAUGUACAAGGUGGACGUGCAGGACAAGGACCCGGCCAAGCGCGAGCUGGCGCUGCGCAUGCACUACAUCAUGAACUCGGUGGCCUACGUGCUCAUGUCGGCCGCCACGGUGGCCGGCUGGGUGCUCUUCGGCCUGGACCGGCGCGAGCGCGUGUCCGGCAAGAACCCCACGCGCAGCCUGGACGUGGGCCUGCUGCUGGGCGCCUCCAUGGGCCAGUACGCCAUCUGCUACUUCACCAUCGUGGCGGUGGUGGCCACGGGCGUGCGCUCCGAGGUGGACGGCCUCAACCUGGCCAGCGCCCUGCUGGCCGUGGCGCAGCUGUGCCUGCAGAACGGCUUCAUCGUGGAGGGCCUCCACCGGCAGCCGUACGGGCCCACGCCCGCGCCCUCCGCCACCAAUGCCACCGCCGCCGCCGCCUCGGAGGUGUACGCCAACGUGCACGCUGCCGCGCGCUCGCACAGCGACAGCGAGCUGGUGGAGUCCAAGCCGGCGCCCAGGACGAGCGCGGUUUCACAGACGCACCACCCGCCCUCGCACCUGUGCUGGAAGAGACGGGCGCUGAAGGAGGUCUGCGCCUAUCUCAUGCUCUGCAACAUUACUUUAUGGAUCAUGCCGGCGUUUGGUGCCCGGCCACAGUUUGAGAACCCCCACGGGCACAAUUUCUACCAGGUGUACAUGUGGGUUGCCGUGGUGAACAUCGGCCUGCCGUUUAGCAUUUUCUACCGGAUGCACUCUGUGGCCGGGCUGUUUGAGGUCUACGUCAUAUCCUGAUCGCUUACGGCAUCUCCAGGAGUCGUCUCUCCGGCAUCGCUAUAAAUAUGGGACAAGACAUCUCCUCAGAAUGACAUUCACACGGGGAGUAGGAUGUUUUAUUCCAAUCAGAUUGUUUUUAAUCUUACUAAAAACAUUUCAAGCUGUGGAACUCAGGUGUGCUGUUUCUCUCAUAUUCCUAUAGUCUAAUCUGCAAAGAGCAGGCGUUGCACCAGAUGGAUAAAGGCUUUGUACAGUUGUCAUUUUUGUUUUUGUAAGUGGACAUAAUGUAAAUAGGUGACUUCAAAAAUUAGAUCCACAUGUUUUUAUCUUGCCUUGAAUAUGUAUUAAUGAGUAACUGUUGUUUUUCCUUCUAAUUCCCAUUGUAGCUCAAGCAAUGUCUGAAAGCAUUUGAAAGCAAUUA